AUCAAUGACACUUCUCGUCUUUCUAGUAUUUGACAUCUAGGUUGGCACUACUGACAAACAUUCAAACAAUCUAACCUCAUUUUAACCCUUCAAAAAGCCGCUUUUUAUCUUCGUAGUUGUAUUACGAUGGGGGUCACAGUGUUACAACAGUUUCCCACAGAGAACCGCACCGGACCCUCCACCAUUGAGCUCCUCUCGAAACGAAUCUCCGCGCUGGGGGCUCUCCAACAGGGUCAGUUUCUCGUUGAUUGCGAAACGUACACCUCUUGUGCCGCUUUGGGGCACCAACGUACCGUUCAUGUCCUCCACAACUCUGAACAGCCGGCCACCGUGUUCUCGAUUCUUGAGACAGGCCAAAAAACAAUUCCUUUAGCAACUGACGGUCUUUUCGACCUCCUUAUGAUGAAAAUGUCCGGCUUUUAUUCAUCAAAAAAACAAACCAAAGCCGAAUCAAAGGGGCCGCGGUAUGAAAUCGGUGAUUUUUGUGUAAAAUUAGGAACAGUGACUGUGAGUCAGAACUUCAAAGGUGUUUUAGUUGAAGUGGAGUACAGGCCAUGUGUGGUACCUGCAAUGUGUUGGGAAUUGAUGCGCGAGUUUUUGCAGGGGUUUUUGGGGUCGUCAGUGCCUGCAACUCCCCCGCCGUAUUUGCAAAAUAGGAUGCAGGAGUUGUAUACUCCCAUUGAUACAAUUCAUCAGUAUUUGGAACAGUUUACAAUAUUUAGGAAGGCCCCCGGUUUAAGGCCCUAAACUUCCAAAUUUUAUUCUAAUUUAUUGUAAGAUUUAAAAAGUUUUUUAAGGCUACAAAAGUAAAAUAAUUUUGAGGUUA